UAUAAAUACAAAAAUAAACAAAACUUUGAUUUAGAUUGUGAAGUCAAGUUUUAUUGCUUUUAAUAGCAGGGAUGUCAGUUGCUAAGUAUCUCAUUUAGAUUUCUAUUAAUUCUGUAAAUGAGCUAUAUUUUUAGCAAUAAAAAAUGUCAGUAGAUGCUGAAAGAUUCAAGUUCUUGAAUUUAGAAGUUCGUGAAUUCAACUUUGAUGCAAGUGCAGAGAUAAAAGAAAUUUUGCUCAAAAAUGAUGUUGAAGAUAUUCUAAAUGUAUUGUCUGGAGCUGUUCAGGAUUUAAGUUCUCUCAUAAUUGAAUUUGAACAGAGAAGAAAAUUGAAGGAGAAUCUUCAAGAUCUAUUAAAGGUGCAGAAUAAAGCUUUUAAAAAAUUAACAUUACUGAAAGAAGAACAUCAAAAACAGGAAGAAGAAAAGGAAAACAUUGCUCAAGCUACGACUUUGAGAAGGGAAGAAUUAGCCCUGUACGAAAGGAAUCUUGGACUAAAAAUUAAACCACAUUAUACGACAUCAGCCUUUGAAUCUGCCAUAUCAUUUACCUUCCAUGACAUAAAUGAAAAGAAAUCACAAGAAUUUGCUGAAUUGGUUCUGGUAACAGAUGGUAAGAAAUAUAAAGUGACCAGCUGCAUACCUUUAGUUCCUGAACUUGAUGAAUUUAUUGGCAGUUUAAAUGAAACCAAUGAUUUAAGUACAUUUAUCUUCAAGGUCAGAAAGAAAGCUUCCAUUAUUUCUUCAAAGAUUCAUUAAAAUUCAUUUGAAAGAUUUUCUGGAAAUAGUAAUUUUUGUUUUUUAGAGUGCAUUUUUUAUGUUAUUUGUA